AUGUUGUCAUCGGAUAAGAAAUCAAAUUCUGUCAUAUUAAGUGAUACACCAGCUCAGCAGGACAUGUCGCAAGCGGCCUUGGAAUCAAACCUGGAGCAUUUAUCAUUAGAAGCGUUGAGUACAGAUUUAGGCCAAAAGAAGGAAGUUGUGGCAAGGCUGGUUAAGGAAGGUAGAGUCCAGUUGGGGCCAGAUGCGUUCAUUGAUGUCUCCAAGGUACCUGGAAAAGGGAAGGAUGUGCAACCGCAGCCAUUAGAGAACAGGUGCGAAAGUUUAUUGGAGGACCCUGAUAUAUGCCAGUGGACUGGUGAUAGGUCCCAACAGUUGAGAUCGGGUAUACAAAACCCUCCAGACUCUUUUGAAAGGCAGGCCAUGCUUAGUUCGAACCUGGCACAUAACAGGCCUUGGGAUAAAGAAACUAUGAAUUGGGGUGCGAAUUUUGGUGUCUUGACGUUAAAUGAUGUGGAACGUAAGGAUAUGUGGGAAAAAC